AUGAAUCUCGUGCAGCCAGGCAGCUCCGCAGAUCUGAGGUCGGUAUGUAAAGAACCUGUGCUCCCCGCGGACGCCCUACCCAUCAGGGUAGUGACGCUCGACGGUGCACGACUCCUGCGGCGGCUGGGUGCGUUUGGCACGUCGCGGGGUGGGGUUGGGGGGUGCUGUAGGCGAAGUUCCCCGGAGGCUGGCGGCCUUCGGGUGUGCGGGGACCCGCGGCCAGGACAUCACUCCCCAGACUGGGUGUUGAAGUUCAACGGCCGCGUUCCGGUUUUGGUCGGGCAGACGCGGCAGGCCAGGCGCAGCCCCGCGAGUCGCCCCGCAGUCUGCGGCCGGUGGGAAGUUGCGGGCACAAUCAAUCAGAGGGAGGUGCUGCAAAUGCUCGAGCAGUAUCAGGAAACCCGAACCCAGCUCGUGUGGAUGGUGGCAGAACUGGCGACCAGACCUCAAAGCAUCGAGACCGUGCUGAAUGCGGGUGUAAUGUCUUUGCUGAGGCCUCUUCUUUGGGAUGUGGUCUCAACAAUUCAAUAGGCUGCUGCUUUGGCUCUUGGGAGGCUGCUUAUUUACAGUGAUCACCCAGCAGACACAGUUGUGAAGGGAGACGUUCUUCCACAGCUUGUUUCUUCGAUGGCAGAACAGAAUUGAUUCUACAAGAAAGUAGCUGCCUUUGUGUUAGCCGCAGUUGGUAAACCUUCUCCUCAGCUCACUCAGGCAAUAGUUGAUUGUGGAGCACCGGAUGCACUGGUGAUAUAUCUGCAAGAUUCUGACCCUGGAAUCAAAAAGGCUGCAGCCUGGGCACUCGGAUGUAUUGCAGCACAGAAUGCAGAACUGUCACAAGCUGUGGUGGAUGCGGAAGCAGUUCCUCUUUUAGUACUCUGUAUCCAGGAGCCAGAAAUCGCUUUGAAAAGGAUUGCUGCUUCGGACCUCAGUGAUAUUUCAAAGCAUUCUCCAGAGUUAGCACAGACAGUAGUGGAUGCAGGAGCCAUUGCUUACUUAGCCCAGAUGAUUCUGAACCCUGAUGCUAAAUUGAAGCAUCAGGUCUUUACAGUUCUUGGUCAGAUUGCAAAACAUUCUGUGGAUCUGGCAGAAAUGGUGGUGGAAGCAGAGAUUUUUCCAGUUGUGCUCACCUGCCUGAAGGACAAAGAUGAAUAUGUGAAGAAAAAUGCCUGUACUUUAAUUAGAGAGGUUGCAAAGCAUACACCCGAGGUAAAAAAAAAAAAAUUGAUGGUUAACACAGGACGAGUUCCUGCUGAGAUCGCCUGCAUUGGCUCUUGAAAAGGAAAAGUAAGGCUGCCUGGCAUCUUGAUGCUUGGUCAUGUGGCGGCUCAUUCUGAAAACCUGGCAAUGGCGGUGAUCAUUAGCAAGGGUGUGUGCCGGUUGUCAGUCUGCUUGUCAGAAGAACCAGGACAUAUUAAGGCUGCUACUGCAGGGGCUGGGCCCAGACUGGGAAACACUGCGGAGCACUCCGGGGCUGUUGCAGUCACAAAUAUUCAGCCAGUUCUGCUUGCUUUGUACCUGUCAACAGAAAGCUCUGAGGAACUUCAAGUAAAAAGUAAAAAAGUCAUAAAGAGUAUCUUACAAAAAUGCACCUAUUUACCAGCCCUUGAGCCAUUUCUAUAUGAUGCUCCUCCCAAUAUUCUGAAGCAUGUGGUUGGACAGUUCAGUAAGGUAAGAAGUGCUGCUGCUAAAAGCGAAGCUUGACGACUUUUGGUAACAAGUGGUGGACUUAAAAAGGGUCAAGAGAUAAAAGCAGAACGAUCUCUUCUUCAAAAAUACAUCAGUAGUAUUAACUGCUACUCAGAAGAAAUAAUAAGAUGCCUAUCAGUGGUGCCUGAAGGAGAUGUUGAAAAUCUGGAUUCCAGUCUUAUCUGCUCAGUGCCCUCACGACCCUCGGGCUUCACAGCAGGGCGGCCGGAGGCUCCGGCGCCCAGCGGAGGAGUUUGGGGCCCGCCCCGGCCGAGCCCCGCCCGUCAGUCAGCCAGGCUGCCCGGGGCCUCGGGCUGGAGCCGGACCUGUGGCACCUGCUGUCAAGCUUCAGGGGCCGAGCGGGCCGGGCCGGGCGCAGACUUGGGCCAAACGCGCCGAGCCGCUGCCCCGCGGCCGCCCCGCCGCGGGCCGCCCCGCAGGGCUGUUCCGGGCCGAGGCCAGGCGGCGGCCGAGUCCCGGGCGGCGGAAGGGUGGGAGCCGCCGGCCCGCGUUUCUGCGGACGCGUCACCUGCCGAGGCUCCAGCGCGGCGCCCCGGCCGUUUCCCUCCGCGCGGACGGCACUACUUCCGCGGAGCCGGGCUGUCGGCGGGGACACCCUCCUCGGCCCGGCGGGAGCGGACGAAGCGCUGGGGCGCGUCGCUGCCCGCCGGGAGGGGCGGGCUCGGGUCGUGUGUCCCCCCCCCCCCCCGCCCCGUUACAGUAAUAUUGGCCGACUUCAUUGGAAGGACGCGGCGGAAACGGACGGACGAGGGCGUUUUGCUCUGUGGCGUGGAGCGGCCCGGCCGCGGCUUUGUCCGCCUGCCCACCGGCGGCGCGGCCCGUUCUCCCGCCCGCGCGUGGCGGCGCGGCCUCGGAGGCGCCGCGGGCUUUGUCCCGCACGAGGAGCUGUCGCGAAGCGGCGUCUCCCGAAUGGCUGGCGCCGUCAGCGGGCGCGCUCCGGGCACCAGUGGCAAUUAA